GCGUUCGAGAGACUGCCGUGUUGGACGUUGAAUGUGUAAGCGCAGGGAGACGCGGGCUUGGCGAGGGACACGCACAGAGAGCGAAGAAAGAAAGAAAGAGACGAACGGAAGAGAGGAAAAUAAACCUUUCACGCGGGUCGAGAACGAAGCCAGGCCGAGCCGUGCCCAGCCAAGGGAGUUUAUUCAUUUUAGCUUUUUAUUCUUUCUGGUAUUUGACUUUUUUCCCUACCGCCCAAGCAGCCCAGUAUUUCCCGGAGAGCGGGGACGGGAACAGCUUGGUAUCUGUCACGUUGGGCUUUAUUGGUCGACCACCGCUAACCAGCCCCAGUUUUUAUUGUUCACAACACCGGGAUAUGGUUCAGUUUUGGGCUGGCUGCAAUACCGUGUCUUUCACCGAGACACAGUGUGGAUAUAGGCCGGAGCGUCCCCCGGUCCACCGGAGAGGAGUUAAGAUCGUACCGAGCUGGUCGAAUUGUUGCCAUUUUCCUUCCCUCGCAGGCACCGUCCCCGCUCGUGCACCCUCCCCCCACAUUUAGCUGACCGUUUCUCUACCUCUCUUUUUCUCCGCUCUACCUCUCUUUCUCGUUUUUCUUUCUAGGCUUUUUUCUUUCUUCUUAACGCUCGGUCUCAACCGGAGGACAACCCCGGACUGCACACGCCUCUAUUUCGGAGAUUUUUCUCCCGGGCAUGGAGGAGCAGGCCCGCCUGAUGUCGGGUCUCGCCGGACUGUCGGGGAUGCAGGGGGACAUGGUGGAACACGAGGCCGCCCGGAAGCAGCAUUCCCUCGGCCAGCCGGGCCAGCAGGACAUCGGGGACAUCCUUCAGCAGAUCAUGGCCAUCACGGACGAGAGUCUGGAUGAAGCCCAGGCCAGGAAGCAUGCGUUGAACUGUCAUAGGAUGAAGCCCGCCCUCUUCAGUGUUCUGUGUGAGAUCAAAGAAAAGACAGUCCUCAGUAUCCGUGGGAUACAGGAGGAGGACCCACCGGACCCUCAGAUCAUGCGGCUGGACAACAUGCUCCUGGCAGAGGGCGUGUCCGGGCCGGAGAAGGGCGGGGCUUCAGCAGCAGCAGCGGCGGCGGCAGCAGCAGCAGGAGGAGGAGGGUCGCCUAGCGACGGAAGCAUCGAGCACUCCGACUACAGAGCUAAGCUGGCCCAGAUCAGACAGAUCUACCACUCUGAGCUCGAGAAAUAUGAGCAGGCCUGCAGUGAGUUCACCAACCAUGUGAUGAACCUGCUGAGGGAGCAGUCUCGGACACGUCCCAUCUCCCCCAAGGAGAUUGAGCGCAUGGUGGGCAUCAUCCACCGCAAGUUCUCCUCCAUCCAGAUGCAGCUGAAGCAGAGCACCUGCGAGGCCGUCAUGAUCCUCAGGUCUCGCUUCCUCGACGCCAGGAGGAAACGUCGUAACUUCAACAAGCAGGCCACAGAGGUCCUGAAUGAGUACUUCUACUCCCACCUGUCUAACCCCUACCCCAGUGAGGAGGCCAAGGAGGAGCUGGCCAAGAAGUGCAGCAUCACCGUCUCCCAGGUGUCUAACUGGUUUGGGAACAAGAGGAUCCGCUACAAGAAGAACAUCGGGAAGUUCCAGGAGGAGGCCAAUCUGUAUGCUGUGAAGACAGCUGUAGACGCCGCGUCCGUCUCCUCCCUGCACAGCCAGGACAACUCCCCUGCCACACCCAGCUCAGGUGGAUACCCAGCCCAGUGCUAUACUCCAGAGGGGAGACUAUGAAGACCUUCCAGGCCAUGACCACUGUCUCCAGGUGAACAGUGGUUGGCUGGACGAUACUGACCCCACCCCCCUCACCCCCCCUCCCCCAGGGGCACCUGACAGUGUUCACUCUAACACCUGAGGAACACGCACACAUAUACACUCACACAUGCACACACACACAUACAUACACAUACCAUACACACACAUGUACAUAUA